AUGUCCAUCGAAAAUCUCAAGACCUACGACCCCUUCGCCGAAGCCGACGAAGACACCGGAGAAACCAAGCAGACGCAGAAUUACAUUCAUAUACGCAUUCAACAGCGUAAUGGUCGUAAAACUCUGACCACGGUCCAGGGUCUCCCCAAGAAGUUCGACCAAAAGAAGAUUCUCAAGGUCAUCAAGAAGAAGUUUGCCUGCAAUGGCACCAUCGUCAACGAUACGGAGAUGGGCGAGGUGAUCCAGCUCCAGGGCGAUCAGCGCAAAGAUGUCCAGGAAUUUCUCGUCGACAAGGAGGGCCUUGAGCUAGAUGCUAAGACGAUCAAGGUCCACGGCUUCUAA